GCGGGAAGAAGACCCGUUAUCCGUUCGCCCGCCGAAACGGCCACCGCAGCUUCCUCUUCUCCUCGCCUGAGCCAGCCACCCCCUUCUCCGCCGCCGCCGCCGCCGGCGGCUAGCUCCGGCGACCAGCACAGUUUCCGCGCGAUGGCCCAGGCCCCCGCUCGCCUCCUCCUUCUCCCCCUCCUCGCCCCGAGGCUCCCGCCGCCGCCGCCCCUCGUCAGCCGGUGGCGUCGCGCCGCCCCGCCCGCGGCCGCCUCCCGCUGCGGCUGCGCCACGGACGCAGGCGGCGGCGGAGGAGCAGGCUCCGUCGUCGUCGAGGAUGACCUCUAUGAGCUCCUGCAGAUUCUACCUAGAGAUUUAAGAGAUAAUCUGCAGAAUGAACCUAGAAAGGAUCAGCUGCUAGAGGUAAUUCUGGAUUUGGGGAGACGGCCUGAGGCACGUUUCCUUGGUGACCCUGGUGGUGAAUAUCUACGGGAUAGUGAGAUCUCACAGCAAGAAUUGGAGGAGGCGCAGAGAGCCGUAGGAGAAUUUGGAGGGGACAAUCGUGCAGGAAUUGAAGGUACAUUACAUAGAAUAUCUGCCAUAAGGAGCAGAAAAGGAAUGGUUGUUGGUUUAACCUGCCGAGUUGGCCGCGCCGUUACUGGGCAUGUUGAUAUGGUUCGUGACCUCUUAAAUUACAAGGAAAGCAUUUUGUUUCUCGGAAGGCCUGGGGUUGGCAAGACUACUGUUAUGCGUGAAAUUGCACGUGUUUUAGCAGAUGAAUUUCAGAAAAGAGUGGUAAUUGUGGAUACAAGUAAUGAGAUUGGUGGUGAUGGAGAUAUUCCUCAUGCUGCAAUUGGUGGUGCGAGAAGAAUGCAAGUAGCUCAACCAUCAAUGCAGCAUAGAGUGAUGAUUGAAGCAGUUGAAAACCAUAUGCCUGAGGUGGUUAUUGUAGAUGAGAUAGGUACUGAAGCAGAGGCGCAAGCUUGUCGAUCAAUUGCAGAAAGGGGUGUGAUGCUUAUUGGUACAGCCCAUGGAGAACAUCUCGCAAACAUUAUAAAGAAUCCAACUUUAUCUGAUUUGAUUGGAGGAGUAGAAACUGUCACUCUUGGUGAUGAAGAGGCUCGUGCUCGCCGCACUCAGAAAAGUAUUCUGGAGAGGAAGGCCCCUCCAACAUUCCCUUUCCUUAUUGAGAUGAGGGAGCGACACUACUGGGUAACUCAUCGGACUGAAAGGAGUGUGGACAUGAUACUUCAUGGCAAGAAACCACUCGUUGAGGUCAGGAAAAGGGAUAACAACUUUCAGGUUGUCAUUGAAAGAUGGGCAACUUAUGAUGGAGAUGGACUCUGAAAUUCUGAAUGUGGGCUUGCCUGUUACAACUGCUUUAGCACUCAGGAUCCCUGUGACUAAAACCUACAUAUUCAGCGUGUUAUAGUGAGGUGGAACGCACUGAUGUUAAUUCCAGACUUGUUGAGUUAUAUUAAUGUUAAUCUAGCAAAGGAACUGGCGCCUAUCCAUUGAGGAAAUGAUGUAAAACAUCCUCCAUAUGGGCCUCUGGUGAACAUUGGAACUGACUGCCCGAGACUUGUACCUUUCCUGUCAAAGGACUGGCAGUUCAUCGAUCUAUUCCAACAUUCCAAUAUUAAUAAGAGGAAUACAGCAGAUAAAUCUACUCCAAUUAGACAGAAGAUAUUACUGUAUUUGGUUUUGAUUAGCUCUCAGUAAAGUUCUUCUAUCUAUUCAAAAAAUGUAUUUGGUCAGUAAAUUUAGAAAAAGAAAUCAGAUGAUAUAUAUAUAUCAUCAUUAAUGAUUCAUUGAACCAGAUAAUUCCUUUAGCAUUCACAGCUGCUCAUAGCUUAUGGAAUUCAAGAAUUCCUAGUAAGCAGAGGAGGAAUCAGGAACUUUAGUAUAAUCCACAAAUACCAAUUUCAAUGUUUUAAAGGGAAAUGAAGUGUGGCUCAUAGUAUUUUCC